AUGGCUGAACAACGACGACGCACGGUAACCACCUCGUCCACCGACAAUCACAACAACAACAACAACAACAACAACAACAACAACAACAGCACCUCCAAUGGCGUGGAUGUCUUGAGUGGCAAUUCCACAACCUCCCUAAACAAUAUUCGGCAACAACGGCGGCGACGCACCAACAACCGCAACAAAAAGUAUUCCUGGGGCCAGCCAAAGUUGGGUUUGUGGGGUUCUCGCAUCUUGCUAUUGGUGGUGGCUGCCAUGUAUUCGACCAACUUUGCCAGUGUCAAGUACCUUGAAACGCGUUGCGCCCAUCCUCCCUGCGAACACGAUCCUUCCGAAACUAGCUUUGCCCGAUUCUUGCUCUCCGCAAUCGUCUGUUUGCCCAUCUUGUAUUCUAACAGACAGCAUUGGGGAUUGAUUCAAGCGGGUGUGGAAAUUGGAUUCUGGUACACUGUGAAUUAUGUCACCCAGGCAGAAGCUUUGGAGUAUAUUCCUGCCAGUAAGUGCGCCUUUAUUUCGGCCUUGGAAGUGGUAUCGGUGCCCGUUCUUGCCAGAGUCUUUCAGGGCCGAAAGAUGGAACGCAUCAGCAUCAUUAGUGCCUUCAUUGCACUGUUUGGAGUUGCCAUUCUGGAAAAUUUGCUCCCCUUGGGAUCCUUCACGCCUCCUCCUCCAGUGAUGACUGGCGAAGCAGCCACCAAGACCUUCAUGGGCAUUGGAAUUGGUGACAUUUUGGCAUUGGGUCAACCACUGGGAUUUGGAUAUGCGGUCAUGCGCGUAGAGCAUUACAUGGACAAAUUUCAAGACAUUCCCAAUCGUGUCUUGACCUUGACGGCCGCCCAAUGCGUCACAGUUUGUUUCUUGACCUUUAUUUGGAUUCUCGUGGAUUGCGAUGGCAGGGUUCCCGACAUGACGUACAUGUUCGAAACUCACUAUUUAAUCGCGCUCUGUUGGACGGGCAUCGUCACUACGGUUGGUGCCUGUGUCUUGCAAGGAAUUGCCUUGCAAAAAGCCUCGGCUACCGAUGCGGCUCUUAUUUUCAGUUCCGAACCCAUAUGGGGAUCUCUCUUUGCUGGAUGGCUGCUCAAUGAACGAAUGAACGCUACCACUUAUUUUGGUGGUUUCUUCAUUAUCUGUGGUUGUUUCUUGGGGAGCAUGGCAGGAGGUCACCACGAAUCUCCCAAUCAUCCAUCGAUGAUGACCAAUGGUACAAAUGGUAACCGAAAAUAUCAGGGCCGGCUGAAAUCAAAACGAUCCGACGUCUCCAUGUCGGGGAGUGAAGAUUCUCUGCUGCCGACACGGGUCAACAAUGACAAUGACAGCAACAACAGUGAUGACUACGCCUUUGGAAGAACGCGGUAG